AAGUUUACGUCAUGUGGUCUGUAACGUAUGCACGGCCCUUUCUUUGUCAACUGUGCCCCGCGCCAGCCUUAAUUCUCAAUUAUGGCUUAUCUGCCGUAACCUGGAGAUACCUCGUGACCAGUUGGUCAGACCGCGCUGAUCACAACACGUCGUUUAUUACCGACAAUAAACUGCUUUUAAACGGCACGCCGACGUCGGAUAUUAAGCCGUGCCGGGCGUGAACAAAGCGGGGGCGUGCGCAGUCUUUGUUAAGGGCGAGCCGCGCUACGCAGCUACGGAAGAAUUUCCCUCGCCACUCCCAACCUCACGGCCGGAAAGAUCGAUGCCAUUGGUGCUGGGAGGGUCAGAGCCGAGGCUGGGCGACGAAAGUCCGUUUGGCUGACGAUUGACCUACACACGGGCGGAGGGAGCCAUGGCGGUGGUGGAGACUUCUGUAGGGUCUCUGGACCUCGGGUCCAUCCUGCAAACUUCACAACACAACGAGGAAGAGGAGGACAGGAUAGACUGCCUUGAGCAGCAGCUGUGCGAGCUGCAGUCCUGGUUCUCGGCGAUGGAGGCGCGGCUGGACGUGAGCGGGCUGCACGCCAUCACCUGUCUGCAGGACGUGGAGGACAGCCUCGCCAGCCACCAGGCCAUCACAGAACAAAUCCACGACCGGCAGCGGGGACAUAGACCAGCUCCUGCUCCUGUGUGCCGACUUACUCCACAAACCUGCCGUGCGCAUGUGCAGCCCCCUGUCCCAGAGUUUCAGCGACACGUCAGGUCACAGUCAUGACCUUGAAGUCGAGGAACAGACAGAAACAGACGACAAAUGUGCCUCGACUCCGCCGAAAGAAGGCUCUGCCUCAGACAAAGAGGAUAUCUCGUUAGGUCAGCACACGAAAGAGAUCUUAACUGACGCUGAUGUUUCUAUAGAAGACAAGGGCACACCCCCACCGCAUCGUGAUGGCGCGAAAGUAGAACAGACAUCCCAUGAUUCCUCGCUUCAGAAGGAUGACGUCAUGGACCCAGAGGACAGCCUGAUGUCGGUUGACAUGAUGGAGGGAAGAGAAGAUGAUGAUGAAGAAGAAGAGGAAGGAGACUCGCUGCAGCUCCUCGCGCUAGUGCUGGAGCUCCGCUGGAACACCGUUACCAUGGCAGCCAAUGACGUCCAGUGUCGUCUGGAGGAGAAGCUCAACACCU